CUGGAAGCAGCUUUACAAUAAAAUAAAAAAUAAAAAAUAAAAAACUUCUUGAAAAAAUCUGCAUUUCAAAACGCAGCCUGCCGCAAUAAAUUUGUCUUCACUAAAACAUUUCUUGUGUGUUGGCUCAGAGCAAUUGCCACUGUCACCACCGCCACCAUGCUACCUUCUUCCGCCAAUCACCCGAGCGUGACGUUGUCAUCAGGAGGGUCCGGAUUUUCCACCACAACCGGGUUGACCUACUACACCUACUUGGAAUUGGAACCCCCACAUUCACCUCCUCAUCGUCAGCGACAAUCUCAAUCCCAGACUACCCCUUCCAUAUGUGUCUUCUCCGGCCUGCCCUUGUUCCCACCUGAAAAUGAAACUGAAAAAGCUCAAAACACCAACUCUCCUCUGGAUGUGCAGCAGCAGUUAUCUGCUGCCGCAGUUGUUGUUGCACCCUUUAGUAUUGCUGCUACUACUAGUAGUCCUCUUCCUCCUCCUCCUCCUAUUAUUAGUACUAGUGCUACUAGUGCUUCCAUGGAGAUGGAGUACACCAUGGCGACUGCAUGGAUCGAUGACAUCAUAAAGAAUCUAAUCCACAGCACCACCAACCACCACCACCACCACCACCACAACCACCACGUCUCGAUACCUCACCUCAUCCAGAACGUGAGAGAGAUCAUCCACCCUUGCAACCCUAACCUCGCUGCCCUCCUGGAGUAUAGGCUCUGGUCUCUGUCAGAUCUGCCUUUGACGGAUCCAAUUCCAAUAUUGCCCGAUUACUCGGAGGGGGAGAGCAUAAAGGAGGCAGCAGCGGAGAAGAAUGCAGCAGGUAAAGUACAUAUACACCACCACCACCAUCAAAACCAGCAAGGGCAGGUGCAGCAGGGUUCUUCCGGGUUUAAACUCUAUCUAGGCUCUGGCUGCGGCCUUGACAACUUGUCCUAUCACCUUCCGGAUACCGUCACUUCGCAUGCCAUGAAUCAAUACUUGAACUUGGGGAUAACACUACCAGCGACGAUGACCUCCCCCAACACCAUCUUCAGCUCAGGAAAUGUUCAACAGACUCAACACCUUUGCUGCAAUCAGAUGACCAGCCCUUGUUCCAUUGCACCACCACCACCGGUCAUCUCCUCCUCAUCGAGUCAAGUGGAGCAGUCAACUGCAAUCGUCACCACCACCAGACUGAAGAAAAAGGAAGAAAUACGACGUCAGCAGCAGCAUAAGAGGGACGAAGAAGGUCUGCAUCUCCUGACCUUACUUCUCAAGUGUGCGGAUGCCGUAGCAGCAGAUAACUUUGAGGAGGCGAAUAAAAUGCUGCUGGAGAUCUCUGAAAUGUCGACGCCGGUGGGGACGUCAGCGCAGAGGGUGGCCGCAUACUUCUCAGAAGCCAUGUCAGCAAGACUGGUGAACUCCUACUUGGGGAUAUACGAGACGCUAGUGCCACGUAACCAGACCCAGACCCAGACCCAGACCCAGCAGAUGGUGUCGGCCUUCCAAGUGUUCAACGGGAUCAGCCCCUUGGUUAAGUUCUCGCACUUCACUGCCAACCAGGCCAUACAGGAAGCUUUGGAGAGGGAGGACAGGGUGCACAUCAUAGACCUCGACAUCAUGCAAGGAAUGCAAUGGCCGGGACUCUUCCAUGUCCUGGCAUCUCGUCCCGGGGGACCCCCUUUCGUUCGCCUCACUGGCUUGGGCACCUCCAUGGACUCAUUGGAGGCCACAGGCAAGCGCUUGUCCGAUUUCGCCCACAAACUGGGACUCCCUUUUGAGUUCUCUCCGGUUGCAGACAAAGUUGGCAACUUGGAUCCGGAGAGGCUGAAUGUGAGCAAGAGGGAUGCCGUUGCUAUCCACUGGUUGCAACACUCCCUCUACGAUGUCACCGGCUCCGACACCAAUGCCCUAUGGCUUUUCCAGAGAUUGGCACCAAAAGUGGUGACAGUGGUAGAGCAGGACCUAAGGCAUGCAGGGUCGUUUUUGGAAAGAUUUGUGGAGGCUAUACACUAUUACUCAGCAAUGUUCGACUCACUAGGGGCAAGUUACGGGGAGGAGAGCAAAGAGAGGCAUGUGGUGGAGCAACAACUGCUAUCAAGGGAGAUUCGGAACAUUCUGGCAGUUGGGGGACUACCCAGAUCCAGGAUCAAUAGUGUGGAUGACUGUAGCUGUUACUAUUGGAGGGAGAAGCUUCAGCAGUGCGGCUUCAAGGGGAUCUCACUAGCUGGAAAUGCAACAGCCCAAGCCACCCUCCUACUUGGAAUGUUCCCUAAAAAUGAUAAUAACUCUUCUGCAUCCAAUGAUGGAAUUGGAGGAGGAUACACCCUGGUUGAGGAAAACGGCACCCUCAAGCUUGGUUGGAAGGACCUCUGCUUGCUCACUGCAUCUGCCUGGAGGUGGAGGACCACAAUGCCCUUCCCUUAAUUUCCACUUCACAACUUACACAAACACCAUCUCCCAUCAAAUGUUGAGUAGCUCUAAACUGCUUCAACGCCCUUAUUAAUUAAUGAGAAAUGUUAGGGAUCCUUACAAUAUGACCUUAAAUUGAGAUGUGGUUGAAUUUUUAAAUGAAUGAUGCGGAGUAGUCACAUUAUUGUGAAUGAUUUUAGGGGUCAUAUUUUCUCAAGCAUUGGAAGCUUUUUGAUGUUCGUAUGCUGAAAUUAACGGUUUUCCUUAUUUAUUUGGGACUUCUGCAUGUGAUUAAAGCCGUGGGUUCCAACCAUGAUUUGGGGCCUUUGGUUAUCUUGCUUCAGUUGAAUUUGAGAGGAAAGCUCAUGUGCACAAAAUGGGAAAGCUCAUACAGCGUUAGCAUAUAUAUGUUGUCUCAAUAAGUGAAAAGUAAUGUCAUAUUGAGAGGAACUCACGUUUGAAGUGGGUCUCCUUGAAUUUGGACCUUUGAUUGCUAUUUAUGCUGAUGUACUAUCAUCUGGGUAAAUGGACUGUUUAGUCUAGUUAUACCUUAAACGUGAGAGAAGUUAUACCCUUAAUAAAAU